GAGAGAGAGAUGGAGGGGUGGGCUGGUCUCCACUCCUAAGAGCAUUACGAGUGCGUUUGUUUGUGACAUUAGCGGAGUGUGCUGUCACUGUCAUAUGGCAAACCAAAGCAGCCUCGACUGGUUUACAGCAGAGACGCUUAUUACGGACCCCGGCUGUUUACUCUUCACUAUCCCAUCCGGAGCCCUCGGCUUAAUCCCGAGCGAUACUCCUCAGCCUGUCACCAAGCAGGUUUCUCAUCCAGCAUCUUGUCUGUUAAUGGAGUUCCGGCAGGGCAGCGGUGAUUACUGCCACGCCCAACAUCGCAACGCUUGAACUGGGGUGGAUGCACCUGAAUCUGCCUCUGAAUGUCCAGAGAAACGCCUUGCCUGCCCUUCUCUCGCUGGUAUUUCUGAAUGACCCCCUCGCCGCGCACCAAAUGGGUUAAUUGGUAUCACGACACCUGGCAUUUGGCUACCGGACGCUGUUCCACCCGUCUACUUGCCCGACAGAGUACCCCUAACAAGAGGAAGAGGAAGUCUGUUGUAGCCUUCAAACCGGGCAGCUUUCAUUUUUAUAUACUGAUUAGUAGUGACUUAAAGCACAGGAUCCUGCAUCUGUGUAGAACUGCUCUGUAGGCCAGAUCAAGUGCAGGACGGUGAGUGGAGCUCUGUGGAUUCGGACUCGGAUUUUCUAUAGAGUCGGAGGGACACUAGCAUGGUCAGGAUGAACCGUCCGGCUCCCGUUGAGGUCUGCUACAAAAACAUGCGCUUCUUGAUCACGCACAACCCCACCAAUGCAACAUUAAAUAGCUUCAUAGAGGAUUUGAAGAACUAUGGGGCAACAACAGUGGUGCGCGUGUGUGAAAUAACCUAUGAUAAGACACCACUGGAAAAGGAUGGAAUUACAGUCAUGGACUGGCCUUUUGAUGAUGGUGCUCCUCCUCCUACUAAAAUUGUGGACGACUGGCUCAGUCUACUGAAAAAUAAGUUCUGCGAGGAUCCAGGCUGCUGUGUGGCUGUUCACUGUGUGGCUGGACUUGGCCGGGCUCCUGUGCUGGUGGCUUUGGCACUUAUAGAGAGUGGAAUGAAAUACGAGGAUGCCAUUCAGUUUAUCAGACAAAAACGCCGGGGCGCCAUCAACAGCAAGCAGCUGACUUACCUGGAGAAGUACCGCCCCAAACAGAGACUGCGUUUCAAAGACCCACACAAUCACAAAAGCAAAUGCUGCCUAAUGUGAUCCGGUCCCACCACCAGCCUGCCACAUAAGGAACCUUUUACUCAUGGACUAAACCAGACUGAAAUUACCAAUCCAGUGCAUUUGAACUCCUGUUACUUCUUUGGAGGGGAAUUCAACCCCCCGUUUUUUGUAAAUGUGAGACCCGUUUACACAGGGUCUUUACCAGCUCAGGGCUGUGAAAGACGAGCCUCUAGUAUUUUGUCUUUACACACAAACCCUCGUCCUAAGUGUUUUCACAAUUUAUCGUGAACACACACGUGCACACACCAAUGCAUAUUUUCACACACACAUUUGUACUACCAGGCAUCACACUGUACCAGCAGCACAUAGUCCAAAGAUGAUCAUGGGCGGCCACCUGCUGCUCUGGCAGGGUCAACCACAAUGAGGUCAUAGAACAAAAUCACUGUAUGUUAUUUUCUUGCUUUUGUAUGGAACCGCUUGUCUACCCUGUUUGCUCUCUGUUUGUUAUUUUGAAGUUUCAUAAUGCUUGUCACUCUGUCGGCCCCAUUUUUUAAGGGUGUGUGAACCUCUUUUUAUACUGUAUCAUAAUUCUGCUCUGGGAUUCAAGUGUUGCACCACUGGCUGCUUACAAAGAAAACUGCAGGAGUCAAUGCUCACAUAGCACACUUUGAAAUGACUUCCAAGUUUUAUGUUUUUGAGAAUACGUUGAAGCUCAAAAACCUUACAGCAUAGCUUUGUGCAUAAAAUCCAUCUGAUAUGAUAUACUGUAGUGCCCCAGAAAUGCAGCAAUGGACUAAGAGAUAUCUAUGAGAAUAUGUACUCGGUGUGUGAAUUUAUCAUUACAACCACAAGGGAUUUCUCACACUACAUUCAUAUGAACUUCACUGCUGCGUACACGGCAUUGUUGAAAAUUGUUGCGUUUUUAUUUAUUUGUGUUUUUUGUGCUCACGGAUGGCUCAAGUUUUUCACUUGACAUGCAUAGUUGUAUAUGGACACCUUAGAAUGACAGAAUCAAUGAUUUUUAAAGAGUGUGGUUAAAAUAUCUUUGUCUUGUUCAUGUAAUGAGAAAUGAAAUGAGAUCUGGUCAUAUAGACAACAGAGAAAGAAGUGUAAAUGAAUCUGUCACUGAUGGGUCAGGUACUGAAGCAAACUCUCAUGUGCAUCAGAUAGUGAGCGUAUCAUUUAUCUGCCUGGCUUUGGUGAAAUCUGUGUGAUGUUUAAUGGAUAGGACUCUGAGAUAAUGUCAUAUUUUCUGCCUCUGAAAUUAAAAGCAGAUAUGAUUGGUCUAUUUCAAUGAAGCAAACAUUAAAUAAAUGUCCAAACGUU